AUGACUAUCGUUGAGCAUACCAUGACUUUUUUCUUGACAAUACGUGAAGUAGAAAAUGAAUACCUUUCUUCUAAUGCUCUGAAAUUCAUAGAUCAUGUUGGAGAAUUGUUGCAGGAGUUUAUCGAUCGAUGGGAACACGUGCGCCUUAUUAAGGAACUGUACAGAAAUCAAAGGUAUAAUAGAAACAACGAAUUGUCUGUAGAAGAGUUUUAUAACAUUUCAGAUGUGACUUCUUUUCUGUGUAAAGUGAUUGUAAGUCUUAGAUACAUUGAUCUUGUCUCUAUACUUCCAACUGCUGUUAGUGUGCUCGCAUGGCCAAAGCAGAGUGAUUCUCUCACAACGACGAUGGUAAUGAGCAGGAGAAGUACUAAUAAGUUCAUUCCAGAACGGAUGUCUUAUGCAGAGGACUCAUUGGAAAUAAUGAGUUUACCAGAACAUGAACCUGAUGUUUCUUGGGUCAAUUGCUUUGUGAAAGAAGUUCCAUCUGGGAACACUGAGCAACUAUUUAGCUUAGAGCAGAAGCGUAAUGGAGCGUUCAAUGACAUUAUGCCAUCAUGGAUUGAUCAACUGUACAUAGAGCAGGACAUAUAG